AUGGCAAAUGUUCAGAAGAAACAACAUACCAUACGAGUUCAUAUUCACAACGAAUUCAACUCUGGUUCUGAUUUUGAAUCAACCAAUAUGUUCAAAGCACAAGAAGGUCCUGCAUGCAAUAAAACAAAAUCUGUUACACUGUCAAAUACAGAUGAAUGUGAUAUACCACCUGCUAAACGCCGCCGUUUACAAGGUACAUUAACUAAAACAUUAAUAACAGAAUAUCAACGUCUAGCAUGGGAAGCUUUAAAAGAAAAUAUUAAGGAUAAAGUUAAAGAAGCCAAUAGAUCAAAUUUAUCAGCAAUUAGUCGUGGACUAUUUAAAUGCAAUAUCAUACGUGGUCGUGGCUUAGUUGCAAAUGCUAUUAUUCGAGCACAACUUAGAUUCCCAUCGUCUACUCCUGUGUAUGCUGCAUUAGUCUGUAAAAUUCAUCGAAAAUUGCCUAUAAUCGGUGAAUUAAUUGUCAAGCGUCUUAUGUUUUCGUUUCGUCGAACACAUCAACGUAAUGAUAAAAUCCGUUGUUUGGCAAUAAUAAAAUUUAUUGCACAUCUAAUUAAUAAAAAUAUGUUACGUGAAACAGUUGCUUUGCAAAUGCUUCUUUUUCUCCUGGAAAAUUCAAAUGAUCAUAAUACAGAAUUAGCUGUUCAAUUAUUAAAAGAGUGCGGUGAAAAGUUAUUACACGCCAGUCGACAAGAACUAGAUUUCGUAUGUACAACAUUAACAAAUUUGCCUGAUGAAUCAUCAUUAAAUAAACUUACACAAGAUAUUCAUGAAAUCAUAUUUGCUGCAGCAACAAAAGAACCAGUUGUAGAACGUGGUUUAAAUUUAGUCGAUAAAAAUAGUCAAUAUGCACAUGUACUGCAAUUAGCCGAUUCGUGUGAUCCCGAUGACAUACUCGAUGUAUUUAAACAUGAUGCAAAAUAUGUCAUUAACGAACACGAAUAUAAACAAAUGAGAAAAAGAAUUCUUGAUGAAAAUACUACCGAUGAAGAUGAAUCAUGUUCAAAUACAUCAGAUAGCGACGACGAAGAAUCAUGUUCAACUACGUCAGAUAGUGAUGAAGACGAAUCAAGUUCAAAUGUAACAGAUAAUGAUGAUGAAGACAAUGGCAAUGAAGAAAAACAAGAGCUGAUCAUUGUCGAUCCAAUUGAAACAGAUUUAGUAACACUCCGUCACAAAAUAUGUUUAACAAUUCAAGCCAGUAUUGAUGCUGAAGAAUGUGCCCAUAGACUACUUAAAAUGGACUCAUAUAAUAGGCUAAACGAAGAACUAUGUCAAAUGAUUGUUGAUAUUUGUGCGCAACAGCCUGCAUAUGAAUGCUUUUUUGGUUUACUUGGAGAACGUAUUUGUUUAUUAGAAGAUAAAUAUGUUUAUUGGUUUAGGUGGAGUUUUCAACAUCAAUAUGGUCAAUAUGCAAUUGCUCGUCAUAUGGAAAAUGUUAAAUUAAGUAAUGUGGCUAAAUUUUUUGCACACUUACUUGUCACAGAAUCCAUUUCAUGGAAUGCAUUCGCCUCUAUUUAUUUAUCUAAUAAAAAUGCAAUCUCAUCUCAUGUUUAUUUGAGACAUUUGUUUUUGGAAUUAUUUGAAUUUUUUGGCUUUACCAAACUUAAGAAUCAUUUAACUGAUCCAACAUUGACAGAUUACUUUAAAGGUCUUUUCCAACACAAUAAUCCAGAAGAUGCUCGAUUUUGCAUCAAUUUUUUCACAUCAAUUGGCCUUGGUAGAAUAACAGAUGAAUUACGCGAAUUCAUCAUAUCAAAUCCAAUACCGGCUCCACCUGCUCGAAUCUCAGUAUACAAUGAAAUCCUGCAAAAUUUCUAUGAUCGUCAUGGUCGUUAG